AUGGAAAAUGUAGAAAACCAUGUAAAUGUUGUGAAGAAGUAUACAGAGGUAAUCCAUGAACAAUCCAAGGGAUUAGCAGCUUUACAAUUAGAGUUAAGUGAAUGUCAAAAGAAAAUGAAGGAGAAGCUGGAUGAAGGGAUAUCAAUGCUUCAUGAUUCUUAUGACAAAUUGGGCAUUGAAAUUAAUAACUUGAGGGAUGAAACAGUUGAAAUAGAGAAGGAGAUUGGAAAAGUUGGAGAGGAGACAUUUUCCGACACGGCGACACUCCUCUUUCUCUCUCUAACCUCAGAUCUCAAAUUUCAGAAAACACCUACCUUCAUUGAAUUAAUCAUGGCGAAUUCUAAUAUUCUUCAGACGGAGCAAGAUCUUUUUAUGUUCUCGUCUCUAUUUCACGAUUCCAAAGGUGAAAAUGUUAAAUCUCGGGAAACGGAGAUUGAGAAAAAGAUCGAAUUUCUCGAGAGCUUGACUGGAAAAAUCAGCAAUAGGAGAUCUCGUAGAUGGGUAAAUGAUCGUUUGUUGAUGGAGCUUGUCCCCCCUUUGAAUGCAGAUGAAAUCAGAGGAUUGUUUGCUCCACCACCAUGGGGUGAUGAUGUGCCACUUUCACCAUUUUGCAUGGCAAAUGUGGGAGAGUGGGACAAGUUCAGGAAUAUAGACAUGGACAAGCAGGAUUCUAUUAUAGCGUCCCUCGAAGACUCGUCUGGAGAGCGGAGAAGCCAUUUAGAUGCUGAUAAAGUUGCUGUACUGACCGCAUGGCAUAGGGUUGAUUGUAGAACGAGAGAUGCACUUCGUCGUUCGUUUCUUUCAGAAUUGAUUAAUAGCUAUGAGGAACGUGUACGAUCGUUCAUCAAGGGGAGUCAGGAUGGAGAUGUUCUUGUGCUACAAGUUCAAGAUCCUUUCCAUCGGUUACUACUGCAUGGUGUUUGUGAGUUCUACAAUUUGUGCUCAACAACGGUCACCCAAUUAGAGGGUUUCAACUCCUUGAAGAUGACUAAGAUAUACAAGAAGAAAGCUUACACUAUGGCCAAGAAGCCCGUGAAGUACUGUGUGGUGGAUGCAUUUACUGACGAGGCAUUCAAGGGGAACCCGGCGGCAGUGUGCUUGCUGGAGGAGGAGAUGGCUCAAACUGAUUUUUAUUUUUUGGGGCUGCUGCUUGUUUCCAUUGUGGAUAAAGUUAAACUUUGUGGCCAUGCAACAUUAGCAGCAUCCCACUUUCUCUUUACUUUUGGUUUGGUGAAUGCUGAUGUGAUCGAGUUCACAACACUGUCGGGGAUAUUGACUGCAAAGAGAAUACCUGACGUUAAGGCUUCAGAUUCAUCACACUUUCAGAACGGUGAUGCAUCCGAGACCUGGCUCAUUGAACUAAACUUUCCUGUUGUCCCAAUAAUGGAAUACGAUUAUGCAACCGAUGUUUCAGCAAUUUCUAAAAGCUUGAAUGGUGCUUCUGUGAUGGAGAUCAAGAAGACCUCUACUGACCUCCUUGUUGUGCUGCCAUCAGGGAAUGCAGUUGCAGAAGUAGAGCCACAAUUUGGCGAGAUAAAAAAUUGUCCGGGUAGAGGAAUUAUAAUUACAGGACCUGCUCCUGCUGGUUCGGGAUUUGACUUCUUUAGUCGCUUUUUCUGCCCAAAACUAGGUAUCGAUGAGCAUGGAGACGGGAAAAAAAGAACAUUUAUUAGCUCUGCUGAAGUUCAAUCCGCUGGAUAUACGGUUCUCCAUUAUCGUAUUUCUGUGCUGCUUUGUGAGAUGAUGGGAGGACUAACAAUGUCAGUUUCAUCAGUUGAAAGUAUGUCAUCAUUGAGCAGCGAUAUUUUCUAUGACAUACUUAGGCGUCUUGAUGGUGCAACUUUGGCCAGUGCAGCCUGUACUUGUGCAAUGUUCUGCUCUAUUUCAAAGGAAGAGCGAUUAUGGGAAAAUAUGUGCUCUUCUAUGUGGCCUUCAACUGAUCGAGAUGAUGUCAAAAGUUUGAUCAUGUCAAUUGGUGGAUUCAAAAAGUUUUAUGCAGAUUGUUUUCCCCUAAUUGUAAACGAGGUUCCUGAAUUUCGAUGGAAUGACAAUUUCGAGUAUCCUGAAGAGUUGACCGAAGCUGAAUACUACGGUGAUUUGGAUGAACUUGAAAGCGUUUCUCCAUCGGAUUUUGUGUCUAUUAUGGAUAUCAAAUAUAAAGACAAAACAAUCUGUUCAAAAGUCCAAUGGGGAAUCCCGAAUGCAGAUGGCUUUAAUGGUUGGUUUCACAAUUGUCCAUUUCAUAUUGAUCUUCUUGCAUAUUCAGAUGAAGUGAUACUUUCAGUCUCCGACGGCCUGCCUCCAAUCACGUCCAUUGAACAAGAGAGAAAAGACGGACACCUCUGGCAAGAGCUCCGGGAGGGCAUCCGGCUUAGUUGGAUUAUAGUCAACAGAAAAAUAAAAAAAGCUGCUAAUCUAUCGAGUUGGAGCCCACUUGGAGGGCAAAGACAUUGGCCUACAGACAAGGAUUUCGUGGUACGAUUUGGUUCCGUUCUUCCUGCCAAAGAUAUUCUUCCUUGUGAAGUAGUCAAAUGUAUCCUUGUCAUGAAGUUCAGGGUGAUCCGUACUGAGGGCGAAGGUGUCAAAACAACUCUCAAGUUGACAGAACUAAGCAUGCAACUGGAGGAUAUGGAUGGUUCUCAUGUCAAUGGCUGGAAAAGUUUGCUCGUCCUUAAAGAAGCACUUAGCUGCCAUAGGAGCAAGAAUUACAAUGAAGCCCUCGAGUCGUGCCAUUUGUACUCGAAGGUGCAAACGGAGCUCAAGGAGAAGAAGAUGCAAUAUGAAGACAUGUUAGACAGACUUUGGAUAUUAGGUGGCAUUGCUACAUGCAUCAGUUUUUAUUUGUACUGUUUGUGA